AAUGAUGUCCCCCAUCAUUAGUCCAACAUCCUGUCAUCUACACAGCUGACGGUCUGAGACUCUAUCCAUGUCCUCCACCACUAGUCCAACAUCCUGUCAUCUACACAGCUGACGGUCUGAGACUCUAUCCAUGUCCUCCACCACUAGUCCAACAUCCUGUCAUCUACACAGCUGACGGUCUGAGACUCUAUCCAUGUCCUCCACCACUAGUCCAACAUCCUGUCAUCUACACAGCUGACGGUCUGAGACUCUAUCCAUGUCCUCCACCACUAGUCCAACAUCCUGUCAUCUACACAGCUGACGGUCUGAGACUCUAUCCAUGUCCUCCACCACUAGUCCAACAUCCUGUCAUCUACACAGCUGACGGUCUGAGACUCUAUCCAUGUCCUCCACCACUAGUCCAACAUCCUGUCAUCUACACAGCUGACGGUCUGAGACUCUAUCCAUGUCCUUCACCACUAGUCCAACAUCCUGUCAUCUACACAGCUGACGGUCUGAGACUCUAUCCAUGUCCUCCACCACUAGUCCAACAUCCUGUCAUCUACACAGCUGACGGUCUGAGACUCUAUCCAUGUCCUCCACCACUAGUCCAACAUCCUGUCAUCUACACAGCUGACGGUCUGAGACUCUAUCCAUGUCCUCCACCACUAGUCCAACAUCCUGUCAUCUACACAGCUGACAGUCUGAGACUCUAUCCAUGUCCUCCACCACUAGUCCAACAUCCUGUCAUCUACACAGCUGACGGUCUGAGACUCUAUCCAUGUCCUCCACCACUAGUCCAACAUCCUGUCAUCUACACAGCUGACGGUCUGAGACUCUAUCCAUGUCCUCCACCACUAGUCCAACAUCCUGUCAUCUACACAGCUGACGGUCUGAGACUCUAUCCAUGUCCUCCACCACUAGUCCAAUAUCCUGUCAUCUACACAGCUGACGGUCUGAGACUCUAUCCAUGUCCUCCACCACUAGUCCAACAUCCUGUCAUCUACACAGCUGACGGUCUGAGACUCUAUCCAUGUCCUCCACCACUAGUCCAACAUCCUGUCAUCUACACAGCUGACGGUCUGAGACUCUAUCCAUGUCCUUCACCACUAGUCCAACAUCCUGUCAUCUACACAGCUGACGGUCUGAGACUCUAUCCAUGUCCUCCACCACUAGUCCAACAUCCUGUCAUCUACACAGCUGACGGUCUGAGACUCUAUCCAUUUCCCCCUGAGACUGUAUCAACCACUUAUCUAGCUACUUCAUCAGAUCAACUGUUGGCAUGGUAACUACCUGGAUUACCUGUGAUCUGAGGUUCAUAUUGGGAUGAGGAAGGGAUGAGGAAGAAGAGUUGUUUCGAAAGGGAUCAGUUUGAGGAAGGCGAGAGGUCCUACACGUUGAUAGUGGAAGCCUUGGACGCUAACAAUGACACCAGCGGUGGUGAUGGUCAGGUGAUUGAGAAGUCGUCCCACUCUGGGAUGAUCAACCCCAGCCUACAGUGGCAGAAGCUCAGCCACAACGGUCCUAUUGGUCAGUUUGACUAUCAGAUCCGGGUCAGCUGUGACGAGCACUACUAUGGCUUCGGAUGCAACAAGUUCUGUCGACCCCGAGACGAGUUCUUCGGGCACUACACCUGCGACUACAACGGGAACAAGACCUGUCUGGAGGGCUGGUCUGGACUAGAAUGUAACACACCCAUUUGUCGGCAGGGCUGCAGUACUGAACAUGGACACUGCAAAGAGCCAGGUGACUGCAAGUGUCUGUAUGGCUGGCAGGGGCAGUACUGUGACCAGUGUAAUCCUCACCCUGGCUGUGUCCAUGGAACCUGUGUUGAACCAUGGCAGUGUCUAUGCGAUACCAACUGGGGAGGACAUCUCUGUGACAAAGAUCUGAACUUCUGUGGGACCAAACAGCCCUGUCUGAACGGAGGAACCUGCAGCAACACGGGACCUGACAAAUACCAGUGUUCCUGUGUUGAGGGCUACUCUGGAGUCAACUGUGAGAGGGCAGAGCAUGCAUGUCUGUCUGAGCCCUGCUCUAAUGGAGGGAGCUGUGUUGAGACCAGUCUGGGUUAUGAGUGUGUCUGUUCCCCGGGCUGGAGUGGACCCUCCUGUAGCAUCAAUGUUGAUGAGUGCUCUCCUAACCCCUGUAACCACGGUGGCACCUGUCAGGAUCUGGUUCAUGCUUAUAAGUGUCUCUGUCCUCCUCAGUGGACCGGCAAGACCUGCCUCAUCGACGCCAACGAAUGCGACAGCAAGCCCUGUGUCAACGCCAACUCUUGCCGCAACCUGAUUGGUGGAUACUUCUGCGAGUGCGUUCCUGGUUGGACGGGACAGAAAUGUGACAUCAAUAUCAAUGACUGCAAGGACCAAUGCCAGCACGGAGGAACCUGCAGGGACUUGGUGAACGGGUUCCGCUGUGUGUGUCCUGCGGGUUACUCUGGAGACCACUGUGAGAGAGAUGUGGAUGAGUGUGCCGGCUCUCCCUGUCUGAACGGCGGGCGAUGCCAAGACCAGGUCAACGGAUUCACCUGCCUCUGUCUGCCAGGAUUCUCGGGACAACUCUGUCAGUUGGACAUAGACUACUGCCUCGUCAACCCAUGUCAGAAUGGAGCCGCAUGUUACAACCUGGCUACAGGUCACUACUGCGCCUGUUCAGACGACUACGAAGGAAAAAACUGCUCUCACCUCAAAGACCACUGUCACACCAGCACGUGCAAAGUGAUUGACAGCUGCACGGUUGCCGUGGGAUCCAACAGUACCCCUGGAGGAGAGCGGUACAUCUCCUCCAACGUGUGUGGUCCUCACGGACGCUGUCGGAGCCAGGCUGGAGGACAGUUCAGCUGUGACUGUCAGGAGGGCUUCAGAGGCACAUACUGUCACGAGAAUAUUAAUGAUUGUGAGAGCAACCCGUGUGGUAACGGAGGAACCUGUAUAGAUAAAGUCAGUGUGUACCAGUGUAUCUGUGGAGACGGCUGGGAGGGGGACCACUGCGAGACCAAUAUAGAUGACUGCAGCACUAGUCCAUGCCAUAAUGGAGGAACAUGUCGAGACCUGGUGACUGAUUUCUUCUGUGAGUGUAUGAACGGCUGGAAGGGGAAGACCUGCCACUCCCGUGAGAGCCAGUGUGACGAGGCUACCUGUAACAACGGAGGGACAUGCCAUGACGAGGGAGACACCUUCCAAUGCAAGUGUUCCCCUGGAUGGGAGGGGGCUACCUGUAAUAUAGCUAAGAAUAGCAGCUGUCUUCCUAACCCCUGUGAGUACGGGGGAACCUGUGUGACCAUCGGGGACUCCUUCACCUGCGUCUGCAAGGAGGGCUGGGAAGGAGACACCUGUAAACAGAAUACCAACGACUGCAACCCACACCCAUGUUAUAACAGUGGGACCUGUGUAGAUGGUGAUAACUGGUAUCGAUGUGAAUGUGCUCCAGGCUUCGCUGGGCCAGACUGCAGGAUCAAUAUCAACGAGUGCCAGUCUUCUCCCUGUAUCUUUGGUUCCAGCUGUAUUGAUGAGAUCAAUGGCUAUCGCUGCCUGUGUCCCCAAGACAGAGCUGGACCACGCUGUCAGGAAGUGACACAGAGGCCGUGCUCGGUGAACGGUCGUCUGACCCCUGAAGGAGCUAAGUGGGAUGAGGACUGCAACACCUGUCAGUGUUUUAAUGGGAAGGUGGUGUGUACCAGGAUGUGGUGUGGUCCUAAGUCGUGCCGGGUCAGCGGUGGGGUCAAAGGUCGAGGCAGCGGAGGUGGCGGAGCCGGGUGUCGGUCUGGUCAGAGCUGUGUACCAAUCAGGGAGGAGCAGUGUUUUGUCCGACCGUGUCUGAAUCUUGGGGAGUGCCUCCCCUCCUCCCCACCAACCACCAAAUGUCACCCCAGCUCCGGUUACCACGACAACAGCUGUUCCAACAUCACGUUUACGUUCACCAAGGAGACCAUGCCCAGGGGUCUGAGUAUCGAGGCAGUGUGUAAGCAGCUGAGACAACUCUAUGUGCUGAAUAAUGUGUCCUCUGAGUAUUCUGUUUCCAUAACCUGUGACCCUUCGACCUCCGCCAGCAACGAGAUCCAUCUCAGCAUCUACACAGAGGCCCACCCGAUGGACAGAUCCCCUAUAAAGGAGAUAACAGAUAGGCUCGCCGAUCUGGUGUCUAAACACCAUGGCAAUAACAGCAUCAUCAGCGCCAUCGCCAAGGUCCGUGUGCAGCGGAGGCCUAGCGCAAGCCAGACGGACUACCUAGUACCCUUGCUGUCCUCUGUCUUCAUUCUCCUCUGGAUCCUGGCGUUGGUCUCGGUCUUCCUCUACUGCGUGCGUCGCCGUCGGAAACAUGGCAGUCACCAUGGCAACGGAGCCUUGUCGUCCGCGGCAACCGACGACAACACAACCAACAAUGUGCGUGAGCAGCUCAACCAGAUCAAGAACCCGAUCAACGAGAAACACGCCGGAGGCGGCGGCCAUCUUACAACAUCGGUGGCCAUCAAGGACUACGAGGAUAAGAACUCGAUCAUCGCCAAGGUACGGACGCACCACCCCCCGGAGGGGGAGGAGGACAACGAUAAAGAGAGACAUAUGGGGAACAAAGGACGCUUUGCGGUUCCAGCCAAACAACCCGCCUACACACUGGUGGAGCGGGAAGACUGGGGCCUCAAUGGAGGCCUGGGGGCCAACGGGCCCAACGAAGGGGACGGCAGGACCCCGGUGCAGCCCAGCUCCAAACACUGGACUAAUAAACAGGACAACAGAGCCCUGGAGACGGCACACAGCAUGAACAGGAUGGACUACAUCGUAUAGCAGGAAGUGACAUUGGAGGCAGGAAAUAAACGCUGUGUAAAGAAUUCCCCUUCUUGGACUUUAUGGUCACCCCGGCAACGUGGUCCUUCUGACACGUUCUGUGGACAGUGUUGCCGUGCAACCAAACCCUUUGAUCAUGCCGAAGAGGACCAGGGGGUGUUCUGGGAUUUGUAGUUUUGUAGUUCCUAAACUGUUACGUCAUUAUUCUGUGACUACAAGGUUGGUUUGUUUUGGAUAUAAUGAAUGGUACGUCAGAUGUGGUACCCUGUUCUCUAUUUAGUGCACUGCUUUUGACCAGAGCCCUAUGGGCCAAGUGUACGUUGUAGGGAGUAGGUUGCUGUUUUAGACGUUGCUCCUGAUAAUUUAAUGCUAGCUGGCUACACUGGCAGAGAAGGUUGCUUUGGUUGGCAGGUUAAGAGGGUGUUGUGUUUUCACAUUUCCACACGACACCUAUUCCCUAUAUAACACUCUACUUUUGAGCAGAGCCCUUAUGGUUCCUGGUCUAAAGUAGUGCACUAUGUAGGGAAUAGGUGGCCAUUUCAGACACGCAUUGCUUUAAUGUAUUUCUCUCUCUCUAGUAGGUAUAAACUAGUUUUGUUUGCCUUUUCAGUUUCAUAGCAAUGUCAUGAAAUUAAACCAAAAAUAAAUACAACAUUAGAAUGAUUUAUUCUUUGGGCGGGUGGGGUCGUUGUCAGCAGUUGCAAUAUGAAGAAUUUGUGUCUGUUUAGAAUGUGUAGAUAUGUACAUUUCUUUAUUUUUUAUUAAUCAUUGUGUAUAUUUGAUUUAUUAACUUAAAUAAUAAUCAAGAGCCUUAAGAUAUCAUUCCUUUUUAUUUAUAUGUUCUGUCUCUAGAUGUUUAGUAUAGUUUUGCUUCGUUUCCUUUUUUUGAUAGUGAACAUGUUUUUCAUUUAUAAAAUGCCCCAAAAAAAUGCUCUUUUUUUUUUUUUUGGCCUGAAAUAUUUUUGUUGUUGUUUUGUUUAUGAUUCUACAGCGUCCGUUGUUGCUUAGACUUUGCAGGGGAAGAAGAAAUAAAAUUGAUUUAUAAAUGCAUUGCUUUUGGGUUGUAAAACGAUUCAGAGAUUGUAGUGUAGUGGCAGACAUUUUCCUUGUGACUACUAAUUGAACAAAAAUCCUUUAGCAGCAUCUUAAGUCACUCAUCACAUACUCAGAAAAUAAGUAUAUCUGCCAAUCACGCAUAAAGUCAUAGCUAGACCCAGGACUUGUCCCCACAUGGCAACCUAUUCCCUAUGGGCCCUCGUCAAAUGUAGUGCACCCUAUUCCCUAUGGGCCCUCGUCAAAUGUAGUGCACCCUAUUCCCUAUGGGCCCUCGUCAAAUGUAGUGCACCCUAUUCCCUAUGGGCCCUGGUCAAAAGUAGUGCACUAUAAAGUGAAUAGGGUGCCAUUUGGGAUGUAACCCAAUCAUACUUGAAUGGUAGAGGGUCAACAGUCCCGGAUCGGUUUGUGCUAUCAAAUCCAUUGCAUGCAUGAUUUGGCAAGAUGGCACAAACCGAACAGGGCCUGUAAUUCAUACAUUCUUUCAGAAUAAGAGAGCUGAUCUAGGAUCAGGUCCUGCCUGUUCAUAUAAAUUGUAUUCAUUAUCCGAAAGGCCGAACUGAUCCUUAUACCAGCACUAUGAAUUGUGGGCCCUGGGACUCUUGAGGGGUAUACUACGAAGCAACAUCAAUUCGUUAGCCAGCUAAAUUUAUAAUAAACCACCCGAUGUAACUUUUUACGUUAGUGUCCAUAUUCUGUCAACUUCCACCCAGAAUGUUGUCCAGUAUAUCUAGUCCCACAUGGCACCCUAUUCCCUAUGGGCCCUGGUCAAAAGUAGUGCACUAUAAAGUGAAUAGGGUGCCAUUUUGGAGAGAACAAACACCUCAAACGGACCAAUACAUUUUUAUUUUUUUAAGCUUCCUGUUUCCUUAUUGGCUGCGGUCGACUCACAUGAAUAUAUUUUAUGUCCGUUAUAUGCCCACACCAUUAAAACAUGGAAAAGCUGCUUAACAUACUUUUUUUUUUAAAUUAGGAAGGAAAAAUGGCACUCAUUUGUAAUUAAUUAUACGUGAUAUUUCAUAAAUCUAGAAACAGUGGACAAUGAGAAAAGAUAAUACUUGUGUUGACCCAGUUGGACAAUGUUCAAGUUCAAUUUUCAAGUGAGUUAUUUACAAAUAUUUAGUCAAUUUAGCUCAAGCAUUGACCCUGCUUGGUUGUGUGCUGCCGGAAGUUCUUUAGUUUCUGUUUCAACUAUAAAGACGGACAUGUUUUCUCUUUCUGAGAUCAUGGCAACAUUCAUUUCCUGUCCUUUUUCCACCCUUGUGUUAUGAGAAUGUAUUAUGUGUUGAUGUUGCAAUUCUGGCAAUAUUUUGAAAGUCAAUAUUUAUUAAAUAUUUUUUAUGAAAAGAGAAAUUAAAAACUGUCACUGUUCUGGA